AUGGGGAGCCCCCGGGCCGCGCUGCUCCGGCUGCUCCUGCGCCCGGUCAAGCUGCUGCGGAGGCGCUUCCGGCUGCUGCUCUUUGUCGCCCUGGUGUUCUUGGGGAUCGGGACCCUUUAUCUGGAGCUGGUGGCUUCGGCACAGGUCGGCGGGAGCCCUCUGAACCGGAGAUAUGGCAGCUGGAGAGAACUGGCCAAGGCUCUGGCCAACAGGAACAUUCCAGCAGUUGAUCCAAAUAUCCAGUUCUACCGCCCCCAGGGACUGGGCCUUAAGGACCAAAGCCUGGAGCAAGGUGGGGACGCUAACAACAGCUACUUGAAGUGGAACAAGCCUGUGCCCUGGCUCUCAGAGUUCCGGGGCCGCGUCAACCUGCAUGUGUUUGAAGACUGGUGUGGCAGUUCUAUCCAGCAGCUCAGGAGGAACCUCCAUUUCCCACUGUACCCCCACAUCCGUACAACCCUGAGGAAGCUGGCCGUGUCCCCCAAAUGGACCAACUAUGGCCUCCGCAUCUUUGGCUACCUGCACCCCUUCACUGAUGGGAAGAUCCAGUUUGCCAUUGCUGCAGAUGACAACGCGGAAUUCUGGCUGAGCCAUGAUGACCAGGUCUCAGGCCUUCAGCUGCUCGCCAGUGUGGGCAAGACGGGGAAAGAAUGGACCGCCCCUGGAGAGUUUGGGAAAUUUCGAAGUCAAAUUUCCAAGCCAGUGAGCCUGUCAGCCUCACAAAGGUACUACUUUGAGGUGCUUCACAAGCAGAAUGACGAGGGCACCGAUCAUGUGGAAGUCGCGUGGCGUCGGAAUGACCCUGGGGCCAAGUUCACCAUCAUUGACUCCGUUUCCCUGUCCCUCUUCACAAAUGAGACGGUGCUGAAGAUGGAUGAGGUGGGCCACAUCCCACAGACAGCAGCCAGCCACACAGGCCCCCCAGACUCUCCUCAGGGAGACGAGCAGCCCCCCGCCGACAUGCUACGGCCUGACCCUCGGGACACCCUCUAUCAAGUGCCUCUGAUCCCCAAGUCUCAGCUCCGCCAUGUCCUGCCUGACUGUCCCUACAAGCCCAGCUACCUAGUGGACGGGCUCCCUCUGCAGCGCUACCAGGGACUCCGAUUUGUGCACCUGUCCUUCGUUUACCCCAAUGACUAUACGCGCCUGAGCCACAUGGAGACCCAUAAUAAAUGCUUCUACCAGGAAAGCCCCUACUACCAGGACAGGUUCGGCUUUCAGGAGUACAUCAAGAUUGAUCAGCCGGAGAAGCAGGGGCCAGAGCAGCCAGGUUUUGAGGAAGUCCUUCUAGAAGAAUCCCAGUAUGGAGAAGCAGCAGAUGAGACCCCUGUCUCUGAUGACCAAAACUUCAGGAUGCCAGAAGGAAAGCACAUGCCCCCCUCCCCUCCUGGGCAGGAUGUCACUGACUACCGCCUGCAAAGCCUGAGGAAACUGCUGGCUCAGUCCCAGGAGAGUCUGCGGGUGCCCCUUUCUAAGCACAACUCGACAGCUCCCUCCCCAGUGAGAACCAGCCGCAUCCCAGCCCACCAGCCGGAGAAUAGGGAGAGAAAGCCCAGCCCCGAGCCCAGCCCAGAGCCACCUCAUUCUGACAAGUCACCCACUGGGCACGUGGCAGGGAAACUGCCUCAAAUGAAGAAGCUCAGGCCCACUGGUGACAACCCCAGGAAGAUGCUAGGACAGUCCCAGUGGCUGAAUCAAGUCGAGUCAUACAUUGCAGAGCAGAGAAGGGGUGACAGGAUGGAGCCUCUGCUCCCUAGGAAGGGUUGGCAGGGGGAGGAGGAGGUGGUAACAGCCAUAGCGCAGGAAGGACAGGUGGAGGGAGAGGAAGACGGGGAGGAAGAGGAAGAGGAAGAGGAUGUGAGUGAGGUGUUCGAAUAUGUGCCCAUGUUUGACCCCGUGGUAAACUGGGACCAGACCUUCAGUGCCCAGAACCUGGACUUCCAAGCCUUGCGGACAGACUGGAUCGAUCUGAAUUGUAACACAUCUGGCAACCUGCUGCUUCCAGAGCAGGAGGCCCUGGAGGUCACCCGGGUCUUCUUGAAGAAGCUCAACCAGAAGAGCCGGGGGAGGUACCAGCUGCAGCGCAUUGUGAAUGUGGAGAAGCGUCAGGACCAGCUCCACGGGGGUCGCUACCUUCUGGAACUUGAGCUGCUGGAACAAGGCAAGCGCCUGGUGCGGCUCUCUGAGUACGUGUCCACGCGAGGCUGGCAGGGCAUCGAUUCAGCUGCUGGAGAAGAGAAGGAGGCCCGGAACCUGCAGGGUCUGCUUUGGGAUACACGCAGGCGGCGGAGACACGUCCUGAGUGUCCGGAGCCCAGAGCCCAAGCUGUGCUGGCCCCAGGGCUUCUCCUGGAAUCACCGAGCCGUGGUCCACUUCAUUGUGCCUGUAAAGAACCAGGCGCGGUGGGUACAACAGUUCAUCAGAGACAUGGAGAAGCUGUUCCAGGCCACCGGAGACCCGCACUUCAAUGUCAUCAUCACUGACUACAGCAGUGAGGACAUGGCCGUUGAGAUGGCCCUGAAGGGGUCCAAGCUGAGAAGCUACCAGUACCUGAAGCUAAGCGGAAACUUCGAGCGCUCGGCUGGACUUCAGGCUGGCAUAGACCUGGUGAAGGACCCACACAGCAUCAUCUUCCUCUGUGACCUCCACAUCCACUUCCCAGAUGGAGUCAUCGAUACCAUCCGGAAGCACUGUGUGGAGGGCAAGAUGGCCUUUGCCCCCAUGGUCAUGAGGCUGCACUGCGGGGCCACGCCCCAGUGGCCUGAGGGCUACUGGGAGGUAAAUGGAUUUGGACUGCUUGGCAUCUACAAGUCAGACCUGGACCGGAUUGGGGGCAUGAACACCAAGGAAUUCCGAGACCGCUGGGGCGGGGAAGACUGGGAGCUGCUGGACAGGAUCCUCCAAGCCGGCCUGGAAGUGGAACGUCUGUCCCUCAGGAAUUUCUUCCAUCACUUCCAUUCCAAAAGGGGCAUGUGGAACCGCCGCCAGAUGAAGACGCUGUGAUGCUGGGGCGUGGCCCACUGGACCGACCACUUCCUGCUCCUGGACGUGCAGCUGCUCUCAGUGGCCCUGCUCAUUUCUGGAGGAGGAGAGGGAAGGAGAGCAGAAGCCAGGCUGGGCCCCAAGGCUCAGAGAUUCACCCUUACUCCACCGGGAGCUGUUGCCUCAUGGAGCCCUCUCUCCGCCCCUGGGCCUCCGAGGGAGAACUCCAGGAGGGCCUCGAGGGGCCACUCACGCACAGUUGACAGAGAUGGGACGCUCCCGGGAAGGGCAGCGUAGCGCAGUGAGGUCCAGGAAGGAAAGGCCUGCUUGCGCGACCCCAUCCUUUUCCGUGAAGGUGCAUUCUGCUAUCCACCCAGUGCCUUCCACAGGGAGCAGACACCAGGAACUGGAAGCCUUGAUUGGACAUACUUUAUUGGGGUUUUUAUUUUUUUAACAGAAAUCCAAAACUGUAAGUGUCCAGACCCAGCAUUGACUGUGAGAGGGGAUGCAUUUAGUGGGUGUCCCCACUAGCAUACCUCAGACCCACUCCUGUAUAGAGGUGUGCCCCCCGCCAAUCUGGCAGCUGAUUUCUAUCCAGACAGGCUGGCCCCAUGUGGAACAGUCCCAGAUCUACCCCAGGCUGUGCCUUCCAGUGACACAUCUCUCCUGGGUAGCCACUCAACAGCUGGCCACCGUUUAGGGCAUUAACCUUACCCUCAGGCUGUGCUCACUCGAGACCAGGAGCACAGAGCUGGCAUGUUCCGGGUGCCACAGGGGGGUUGGGAGACAGGGAAUGGUGGGCAGUGGGCACGUUGUCCCCAGUGUUUGGCAGCUAGGACGAACAGAACAGAGAAGGAGGAGGAGGCCAGGAAGAGAAGCCCCUCCGCCUGCCCAGUUCCUCUGUAAGCUGAGGCCUGGGGAGAAGGAGAAGGAGAGAGGAAAGACAUGUGGACCUGAGUCACAGCUCAGAUAAGUAAAGGGGAUGGGGUCCAGUAGGAAGGACGAAGAGGGGAGUGGGGAACUUGAGACCUCGCAGCCUGGCUUCCCCAGAGACUUGCCAGCCUCCCAGCCUUGACUGGAAGAAUGGGUGUGGGUGACACAGGGGCCAGGGUCAGAAGAGGGUAGGUUUGGGGAGGUGAGGGCAUUGCUGCGAUACAUCUCUCAAGUGGAAGGGGAUUGGGGCGGGAGGAACUGAAAAGUGAAGCCAUUUCAGGGAACACAGCCCUUGGCCUCUAGACUACGGCCACACUCCAUCACCUGGUGAUCAUGUACUUAUCUUGCACUAAUAACCUCCAGGUGCCUUUGUGGUUGGGGAUUUUUCUAUUUUUGCUGCUGCCUCUGCUGCUGCUGCUGCUGAGUUCACUUAUGGUGCAUUGGACACUGGGUCUUGGCUGCCAGUGUCUGAUUAGGGAGGUGAGCACAGGGCCCCCUGCUGAGGCAGGGCUUGAGGAGGGGGGUGCAGCAGGGCCCAGGAGGCCAAUCCGUUGAGCCCACGCUCCAUGCUGUAGCAGAGUCCAGUCGGCUUUUGGAGCUGCAGGGUCUACCUGGGGGCCCGCAUUCACCAUGAUCAUAAGCUUCACAUAUGGGAGAAUCAUCUAUUGAGAACCUUCUGGGGGUUGGGGAGAAACCCUACUUUCCCUAAGAAAUCAGGAAGGACAAAGACUUUUCAGUGGACAGCUUGUAGCUUACAGAUGCUACAUCACUGUCCCUGGGUUUCUGGUCCCUGCUCAGGCACCCUGCCUCUGAGAAAGGGUUGGGAUGGGGAUGGGGGGCCUGCCUUGACUGGCAGGGUAAAGAAGAAAUCAGGUUUUUUUCUGGGGCCACUGUCACUCUUGGGCAUCACGCCUGCAGGCCUGAGCCAGCCGGAGCAGCCCUCUUGCUUCUCCUGUAAGCCAGAACCAGCCAGCCUGCCCUGCCCUGCAGCCCCUGUCCUAGCCAGUGCCUUUUGUUUGAUGUCUGUUAUCUCCACACCAUCUGCCUUAGGGGUAGGCCUGGCAAGUCCCUAC